AUGAACGAAUAAUCACCAGACUAAAACGAGCAAGAUUAUGGAAACGAGCAAGAUCAGAAUCAAGAUGAUAUGAUUGGACAAGACCAAGUAGAUCCUACUCAACACUAAUUAGAUAUGCUACCUGAGGAGGAAAUGAAGAGAUAGGAAGAAGAGGCAAUGUACCAGCAAUAGCAAGAAUAUCUCCAAAGGCAGCAGCAAUAAUAGCAGCAGAUGUAAAAUCAACAACAUAUGGGAAUGGGAGGAAAUCAGUAGCAGAUGGAAUAGCAGUAAAAGCAUUAUUUUGACUCUAUUGAAACUGACGAGUUCGUAAUGCCCAAUAUGUUUGAAGUUGAAAUCAGACUCGCUGAUAAUUAAAUUAAAAUAGUCACUGUUGAGGUAGAAAAGGCUAGUAAACAAAAAGCUUACCUCGGUGGGUAUAGAAAUAAUAGAACUGGACAAGGAUAUCAUCAUGCCUUUACUCAAACUGAUUAAACAGCUAAUUACCAUCCAGAGAAGAACGAGAGAAUGGUUUAGACUUAUCAAUACAAGACUAAAUCAACUAUUAUGAUGCGAGAAUUCGGCACUCAAAUGGAGAAGACUGGCUUAUAUAUUGAUUAGAGAAACGAUAAAAUUAUCUAUCCCAAGCCAUAUUUCUCCUCUGAGAUGUGGAAGAAGCAAAGAGAAGAAAUUACUCUCUACAUAUAAUGUCACGUCAGAGCAUGGUUUGCAAGAAAAUAAACAAAUGCCUUAAGAAAACUAAGGGACGAUAGGGAUAUGGAGCUAUUGAGAAAGUAAGAGGAGUUGAGACAAUAAGAGGAAAAGAAGCACAAGGUAGAAAUUGAAAGAAGAAUGCACCCCAAGAAAUAUAAGGAUUUCGAUAUUCUAUAUAAUGAGUUGGAGGCUUGGAGACUCAAUGAGACUAAGAAGAUAAAGAACUCAACUGACUUGACUGAGGACGAGAAGAAACUAGCUCUUCAAUAAUUGCUUCACAAAGAAACUAAAAUCUUGCAACAGAUAGAUAAAUUAAAGAUCACUGCUAAUUCUUAAAACAAAGAAGAUAAAAUCAAUAACUUCCUAAAAGCUAUGAGUGACCCUAAGCUGUGGAAGAGAACAGAUGGUAGAUACACUGAGGUUCAUACACCUUUCUCUACAAGAGCGAAGGAGCUCAUGGAUCUAUAUAAUGGUCUUAGAUUACCAUUUCUUAGUACUGAUGAGAGACUUGAUGUACUGUUGCAUACUAAGUGGACAGUAAAGGAGUUCGACUGUAAUUUAACAAGAGAAAUAGUAGAUCUCAUCGAUAGAGAGGCAGAUAUGCUAAACAGAGGUAGGUCUGAGAGUAGUCUCGAAGGCCUAAGGAAAAGACUCUCUAAUCUCUUCCUUCAGUUCAUUGAGACUCCAGAAUUCAAUCCAGAAGCUGCAAGAUUCCAAAAAGUGCCUAGAGAACUACUGCAAUAGACAUAAUCGAUUAUUUUCGAAUGA